AUGGAAGAGUUGUGUUCGAGGAUUUAUUAUGGCUACGGUGCGUGCACAAUUUAUAACGUCAUCGACUGCCACAGGUCACGUGUGGUUUAUGAUCGCUGGCUCGUGCCACCACCAACACCACCUCCGGCGACAGAUGCUAUGCGUUUCCGCGGUCGGUCGAUGAUCCAUCAGUCGUGGCUCGAAAGGCUUCGACGAAGAGGGCGUCGGCGUAACUCGACCUCGGAAGACUGCUUCCGCACUCGCUCCCGUUCGGAUAAACGAGGUUGUCCAAUGAAUACGCAGGAAGGAGAUUUUUAUUUCAGAAUAUUCCUGAAGGCAAAGGAUGGUGUAUCGCCGUUUCCACACCAGCCCCUGAACUGUUCUCCACCAAUCUCGCAGAUGGUUAACUGCGCACUCGUUUGUCCUCCUCUAAGACGAGAACACCAGGCCGCAAUAGAUUAUCCGAGCUGA